AUGCGCAGCAUUUUCCUGGUAUUCUUCACAUCGGAGAUCUUGCUCAGGUUCCUUUUCCUGAGGGCUGCAUUCUUCAAGACUGCCUUCAACGUUAUCGAUUUUAUCGCUCUCUUGGCCUCUUUGGUGGAGCUCUUCUCGUGGAACUUGCCGGUGGAUCCCACUCUCUUGCGUCUUUGCCGUCUCGCGAAGCUGUUCAGGACGAUCCGCGUGUUGAAGGUUUCUGGCAUGCUGGACUCGCUGAGCCUGCUCGCCAGAUGCAUGAGCUCCAGCGGACUCACCCUUGUAUGGUCUCUGCUCUUCCUCUUGGUGAUUCAGCUCAUCGCUGCCAUGAUUGUCUGUUUCAUGGUACGGCCUUACCUGGAGGAUGUCAACGAGCCUGAAGAGCGACGCCAAGAAGUGUACAAGUACUACGGCACCUUCACCAUUGCAGUGCUCACUCUCUUCGAGGUGUUCUUUGCAAAUUGGGCUCCAGCCUGUCGUGUCCUGGUCGAGAACAUCUCCGAGUGGUACUCGCUUCUCUUCCUCAUCUACCGAUGCGGCAUCGGCUUCGCCGUUAUCAAUGUCGUCAAUGCCGUUUUCGUGCAGCAAACAAUGCAAGUUGCAAAAGGUGACGAAGAGGUUUUGCUUAUGGAAAAGCAAAAGGCCGAAGAAAAGUACUUGAAGAACGUCGGGAGAAUCUUCCAUACCUUGGAUACAUCUGGAGAUGGACUUCUCUCGUGGGCAGAGUUCGAAGUCCUCCUUGAAGAUAAAAAGCUGAAGUUCCUCCUGGACAAGCUCGAGAUUGCUGCGGGAGACCUGAAAACUCUCUUCGAUCUCUUGGACGACACAGGCGAUGGCGAGAUCUCUGUUGAGGAAUUCCUUGAGGGCAUUACCCGCUUCAAAGGGGCGGCUAAGAGUCUCGACAUCGGUCAGCUUCUUCUCCGCAGCCGCCGCCUCGAGAAGGGGGUGGCAAACUUGGAGCUCCACCUCCUGUCGGAGGACCAGAAGGCUGCCACCAAGACCGGGCGAUCUCAAUCAGCGUAA